AUGUCGGCAGAGCAGAUCGAGCAGAUGAACAAGGUCCGUUUGUCCAUGGGCCUCGCGCCGCUGCCUGUACCGGGCCAAGGACCACAAUUCAAGGAAAGCGGCGACGACAGCGAUAGCGACGAAAGCGAUGACAUGAGCACACUCGACAAGCGCCAAGCCGCAGCUGGUACCAAUUGGCAGAAACUCGAGGCGGAGAGGAAGGACAAGGAGGAGCGGCAGAAGCGCAAAGAUGCGGCGAAGAAAGCACGAGAUACCGCGGCGCGGAAUGAGAAGCUUGUGGGCAAGGGUCUGGGCGAUGCAGAUGAAGGCGAAGAGGUCGACACACGAACUUGGCUGCUGCAGCAGAAGAAGCGUCAGAAGAAGAUUGACAAGGCGCGCAAGAUUGAGGAAGAACUGGCCGCGCGUGAAAAGCAGGCGGAGUACACCUCGAGAGAUCUUGCCGGUGUCAAGGUUGCCCACGAAGCCGACGAGUUUGACGAAUUCACUGGCGAGCAAGUGCUCACUCUCAAAGAUACCGAGAUUGGCGAGGAGAGCGAAGAUGAUGAGCUGGAAAACGCCGACCUCAAAGCAAAGGAGAAGCUUGAGGAAAAGCUGAAGCUGCUGAAAAAGAGGCCCGACUAUGACCCAACAGAGCAAGGCGAGGCCCAAAAUCUACUUUCAAAGUAUGACGAGGAGAUCGAAGGCAAGAAGCAAAAACGUUUCACGCUAGAUGGACAGGGGAGCAGUGUUAAGGCAGCGCGAAGACAAGUCGUUGAUGAUGGCGAGGUCAAGGCGAAGGGUGUCAAGAUCAGCCUGGACAUGCUUAAAGAUGAUGCCCCGGUAUCAGACUAUGUCGACCCAUCUACGAUCAAAGUCAAGAAGCCCAAGAAAAGCAAGAAGGAGAAGAAGUCAAGACAGAAAGCAGCAGAUGAAGACGAUAUCUUUCCUGUCACACAAGCCCCUGUCGAGCCCAACGGAGAUGCUAUGGAAGUGGAUGGUGGCACCGGGAACGACUCCACUUCAGCAAAGAAGCGAGGCUACGAAUUUGAUGAUGAUGACCUUCAAGCGAAACUGGCCGAGCAGCGGCGACAGGCUCUCAGGAAGCGCAAGAAGACAGACGCUACUGAACUGGCACGGCAAAUGCGCGAAGAGAUGCCGGUCGACGACGCUGAGCCAGAAGAAGGCGGUCUGAUCAUCGACGAGACUACUGAAUUUGUUGCCAAUCUCAAAAAACCCGAGGACGACGAGGAUGCCGUCAGCAAGAGUAAGACCCCACAGCCAGCGACCGCAGGGUCACCAGAUGUCAAAGACGAAGACGACGAUAGCGACACGAACAUGGCUCAGUCAUACGCCGAGCUCGAAGAUGAGGAAGAGCGGCAGGCCCGAGCUAAACUUGAGACGUCAAACCCAACCAACUUGACUGCAACAGGCCUUGACGAUGAAGAGAGUAUGGUUGGACAAGGCAUUGGCGCUUCUUUGGCUAUGCUUCGUAAACGUGGUUUGAUAUCCGACCCCGCCUCUCAGGAUUUGACCGAGAAGGAGCGUCAGCGGGCCAAGUUCCUGGCAGACAAGCAGCAUUUGAUCGACGAAUACGAUAUGAAAGCCCGUGAACAGCGUGAGGCAGAUCGCCGCAGUGGUCGUUUUGACAAGAUGAGCAACAGAGAGCGAGACGCCAUGGCCAGGCAACAGAACGAGCAGAGAGAACACUAUAUCUCUCGUCUGCUCGCCGACAAGUUCAACAAGGAAUACAAGCCCGACGUGAAACUCCGGUACAACGACGAGUUCGGUCGCGAAAUGAACCAGAAAGAGGCUUUCAAGCACCUCAGCCACAUGUUCCACGGCAAAGGAUCUGGCAAGCAGAAGACCGAGAAGCGACUCAAGAAAAUCGAAGACGAGAAGAAGAAUGCCGCCAAGGGCAUGCUCAACGUGGGCGAGGAAGGUGGAUUCUCCAACGUGCAAGGAAGGGAGGGCAAGAAGAACAAGACCGCUGGAGUUCGCCUGCAGUGA